AGGAGAGCAUUGAAAGGAAUUGAUUAAUGGCUAUGCAGCCAUGUUAGACUGCAAGUUGUCAGAAGACGGCAGCUUGCUUGUCUUUAUGUUGCUAUUUCCAGACUGUCGUCCUAAAGAUGCCCACAUUAGCUUUGUAUUCAUUGAUGUUAAUGAGAUGAAAGUGAGGCCAUACAGAAUAAAUGUGCACUACAGCCUAUCGCAACUAGAGUUCACAAGGUGUUUAGACAAAGGCACCUGUAGUUUCCAGAUAUCCAGAACCUUCAAUAUUACAGGAGCUGCCUACCUCUUAGUCAAGGUUUUGGAUUUCCAACAUGUGUACUCUAUUGAGUCUGGUGGCCUGGUGAUGCAGACUAGUGAACUCCCAACUAGCGGACUUACUAUUAACCCUAAGCACCUGACGCUGAAUGACCAAUCAAUGAUAAACUUAGCAUGUACGCAGGGCAGGAUGAUAAUCAUCAACUAUGGCAAUAAACAGCCACUCGUCAAAUUGGUUGACAUUUCAGAUAACAACACAGAAGAAAACAAAAAGAGUGUUUAUGCAUCCCACAAAGCAUGGAAGAAGAAUACAGCGCCCUCUAACACAUGGCUGUGGUCAAAGCGUGACCUGCUUGAUGGUCAAGAUAAUCGCCAUGUUGCAAUAUACUUCAGACGUGUGGUCCUACAACUAGCCGACAUCGCUAUACAGAUGAGUGAUGGGGUAUUUGAAGAUGACGUGAGAAAAGAGUAUGAAAAACAGGAUCGUUUAAAUCCAUUUGCUCUUAAAAAUGAGGAACCAACAGCAGAUGAAGAAGAUUCAAAAGAUGAAAAUAAUCAAACAGCUGACCAACAAGACCUGGAACAAGGGCCUAGUACUAGUGAUGAACCAAAUGGGAGAACCAGCCAAAAUGAAUGACCAGGACCAAGAAAAAGGACCACAAAAUACGUAUGCACGUAGGAGACUAUACCAAGGGUAAUGACCUAUUUAUUGGCUGGACAAAAUAGUACAGAGAAGUAAGUUAUUACACAAUUGUCCAUGAUAGACCAAGCCUUUGGCCUAAGCAAUUGUGAUGGACAUCAGUGGCCAAGGAGAAUUAUCAAUGAAUAAGUAGAUAAGAAACCACAGUACAGUUACCUUGACAAUGAAUGUUGGAUUUCCCACAUUCAGCUUUAAGUAUUGCGUGUUACUUUGAGAGUUCAAAGAAAGUCAAGUUACUUUGUAAUGAACUCUUAAGUGUCAUUAGGAAACGCAAUAGUUCAUAUUCGAUCAAAUAAACCACUCCUUGUUAGAUCCCCUUUAGAAAUAUUGAUUUGAAGUGCUUACAACAUGUUCACCCUCAAAUAAGUAAAACAAUAACCAGGAUAUGUAUUAAUAAUGAAUUUAUACAUAGUUUAAUAUUGAGUUUCUAUGGCAUUAUAUCAAGAUGAUAGAAAUGUAAUUUGUAAAUCAUUUAGACCUCUUCACAAUUUGGACAUGGGCCAUGUGAUACAUUUGAAAGUUCAAACAGUCAGUUCUACUUAUUCACACUCGUAGGUAAUUAAAUGUAAAAUACACUACAAUAUUGAAUUAGAAGAUUGACUAUUGUACCUGUUGCUUAACCUUUGUUCCUUGGGUAUAUUCCCUACAUUAUGCCCAAUUCUACUUACCAGCCUUUCCUUGGGCAAAACCCAAGGGUUAUGACUUUUACAAAUAAUCUCAGGAAAAUAUCUAAUAUUGGCUUAAUUAGGCAUACAGUGCAGAAAAAUUGCCAUUUGAUUGCAAAAGGGAUUCCUCAGGUAUAAGCCCACCCCAAAAAUUGACCCAAUAUUGUGUUCAAAGGGGUGAGGGUGGGCUUAUACUAGAGGAACUAUGGUAAAUUAAUUGGGAAAACCAAAGAUUGUUAAGCCUACAGUAUAUACAAUAUGAUUAUUAAUUUAUACUAGGGCGGUAUUAUGAGUUACUGUAUAUGUUAGUGAUACAUUGGCAGCCUUGUCAGAUAUUAGGCAGUUAUUCUGAGCAUGACGUUAACCUUAACGGAUGACGUCAUAAUUUAUUCAUCUUGCGUUGCGGAGUACGUUAAUUUCAAGAUUUUACGUGCUCGAGGUACGUUAGUCCCGGGUUUGCGCAUGCGUAUUUUGAUUUGUUUACAAAAGGGGCGGAGCUUUCGCGCUGCAUGUUGGGUACUAACGUUAAAGUUAAGGUUAACGUCGUGCAGCGAAAACUACCUAGUAUCCAAGUGUCCUAACAAAUAAUCCAGGCUACUUCAAGUGUACUGUCUGUAAUGAGCUAAAAAUAUAAUAAAAAAUUCAAUUCCUUAUAUGUAUAUUUAAGUAAGUUAUAAAAUUACAAUUAAUAAUUUUAAUGAUAAAAACUUUCCCCUGUCAGUUUUGUUUCCCUGUAUUGAAGACCAAAUAGUAUGGAAUUGCAAGAGAUCCAACUGACCUCAUUUUGAAUGCACACCAUGAAACGUUAAAAAAAUACUACCACAAGAUAAGGGUGCCCUAUUAUACUUUGAAUACAGUUCACUCGAAACACGUCUUUUGAAGGACAUCCCCUUUAUAGUACCUUUUGAAAUAAGAUUAUGUUUCAACGAAACCAUGAGAGUCAGAACUCUCGCAGUUCUAUAGUCUUUGAUAAGACUCUUAAAUUUGCUGGUAAUCAGUUUAAGGAUUUUUGAAGUAAACUCUGUGAAUCAGCAAAAAUACCUUUUUUCAAUGUAUCUGUUGGGAGGCUGAUUAAUUGAUUCUUUUAAAUGAGCUAUUCAAAUUUUAAUUUGAAAUGUAAUGUAGUUGGAUUUAUAUAGCACUUUAUACCAGUCUCAAAGUGCUCGAGGUGUGGACUAGCUCAUACAUUAACUUUCUUCUCCCCUAAGAGUCUCUUCAUGUCUGAGCUACCGGGUAAACCUGUACCAGCUACUCUUACCAGUCCACAACAGGGGCUGCAUGGAUCAGUACACUUGGGUAACCCCCUACUCGUCGCGGAAGGUGUACUGGGUUCUUUAAAGUGCACAUAAACCAAAUUAUGUACACUGGGCCUACGGUUUAUAAUCCUCAUCUGAGAAGACUUGUUCCACCACCAGAACCAUACGCGAGUAUGUGCCGUUGAACCAUCGUUGUACAUUGCGGCGCCCCUACCUUAACCACUCGGCCAUCCAACUUGCAAAUUUUAUUUUUAAAGUUUUACCAGAUUUUGUUGACAGACAGUACAUCUUUAAAGAUGAUGAAAUUACAGUAUUAUUAUUUAUUUGUUUUAUACAUGAUUUGUACAACUUUGAGAAUUUAGUGCAAUCAAGUUUGAAUACUGUAAAUUAAGUUUACAUAUAAAAUAUAGUUUGUAAAAAAAAUAUUGUAAUAUAUAUUAUGUGAGUUCUGAUGAUUGACAAGUAAAUAUUAUUACCUUAAUUUAUCUGUGAGUGUCUGUAAAUUAAUGAGUAGAUAAAUGAAUUAGAAAAAUAAAAUUAUGGAAAUAAGAAUAGUAA